AUGCCCAAUUCACGUCAAACUAGUGAAUCGACCGAUAGCGCCACAUUAAAAUGGAUGAAGAUCAUUUCAUCGACCUUCUUAGGUGAAGGAGUUCACUCGUCCUUGAUUUCUCCACGUAUUUCAUCCUAUAAUACCAUCGAAAAGACGAGUAUUCAUGUAACACAAGACGCAAUUCAACACUGGACACGAUUUCGACGUGAGAAUGAAUUUAGUCCAAUCCCAGAGUUUAAAAUUGCUCUUGUGGGUGGCACUGCCGUUGGAAAAACAAGUAUAUUAAGGCGAUGGAUUCAACGAUCGUAUCCAGUGACCUAUUCACCGACUAUUGGAAUUGAUAUUAGUACAAUCAUGUAUCAAUAUCAUGGACAAGACAUAUUAUUGCAUCUAUGGGACGUUUCAAGUGCUGAAAUUGACAUGACUGCGUCAUCAUUGCAUGCAUUACUCUGUGAAGAAUUGGACGGUAUUUUUUUCGUCUUUAAUGUCCAUCGUGUGAGCUCAAUUGCGGCCAUUGAUAAAUGGCGUCAUUGUUUAUCCAAGUAUUUAUCUCCCAAAGAAACACCAUGCUUUCUUCUCUCGCACAAGGCUGAUUUACUACAGAAACGUAUCAUGACAAGCAAUGACAUUGCUGCUUAUGCAAAAGCAGCAGGAUAUAAAGGAUGGAUGUGGACGGUAGGUAAGCCCAGCUUUGGUGAGAAUGAAAAGAAUGCACCUGUCUGGAAGGCGCUGGAGCGAAUGGUCGAAUUUAUCUGCAGAGAUCGCAUUGCGACGGAGCACAUACGACUUGCGCGUUUGACAAGACCAGUGGGUAUUCUGGAGACGUCUCGAAACCCCGCACCUCUGGAAGUUAUUCAAACCGACGAUGCAUUGCAUCAUUUUUCGACGGCUUUACUGCGUAUCCCUACGAAAGCUAUCACGACACUGUUGCGUGAUGAAAAUAUGAUGCCGAUUAACGAGCCAUUCAACCCAAACGACGAGGAGAAGGAGGACGACAUUAGUGCGCACUUUAAAUCUGCGCUGCGCACGGACAACCGCGCUUCCACUUACGGUGGUAGCUGGAUUUUGGGUGCUGACAAAGGUGUCUACCUCUGCGCCACUAACAGUUGUCUUCUUGGCAAUGGCGAGACUGAUGACGACUCAGAGUCUGUGGAGGAGUUUCAGUUUCCGUUUUCCGGCUCACGACAAAUUAAUGAGGAGGAGGAUGCUGUCGCUGCAGCUGAGUCUCGUAGGCGAGAAAAAAUCGAAGAGGCUCUUGAGCGGCAGAGAGAAGCAGAAAGAGCUGAAAGAGAUCGUUGCAAUGACCAGGAGGCGUGGCGCUUUUUCGCUGGCAGUAUUAGUCGAGGUCAUGCCGAAGCUCUUCUUGCAAAUCGUGAGUCUGGAACCUUUUUGCUUCGCCGUAAGGAUGCCCAGACGCUGGUUCUGUCUUACGCCGGACCUGACCAUGUGCAUCACGUGCUUAUCGAGUUCUUGAACCAGAGGUAUCACAUUGGUUCGUCCAAAGCAUCGCUGACGACAUCAUUUGACACACUCUGGAAAUGCUUACGAAGUGUGCGGCGCUACGCAUUCCGCGGACUUGUGUUUACUCGUAACGCGGAUUUCAGUGUAAUCAACAAACACAAACUGGUAGUCGAAAACGAAAGUACUCCACCAUAUGGGACCAUCGAUAAUGCUACUACGCCUACUGCAGCACCAAUAACGUCAAAUAUUUGGCGCACACGAACACGGAGUGGAUCAAGCAGCUCCCAGGGUGAGCGUAGUAGUAGCAGCAGCAGUCGCCAGGCAUCUCCCACCACAGAUCCCCAGAAAGCACGUCGUAAACCAGGCUUGCAAGCCGAUCAGGAGCAAGUGAAAAUUCCGCCACCUACCCGUAUCGACGAGCUGAGCGAUGAAUUUUAUGACCACUUGGCCGAGCGCUUAACGUUCUUGGCUGAACAGCAAAAGACAGGGACGUUUGAAGAAGAUGGCAAUGACAAACUCCAUUUGUUCGAGGAUAUUGAUCCUCUUUUGGAAAUGGCGGUGCAGGAAAAGAGGGAGCUGCGUCAGGUGCGAAGUAGCAAUGCUGAAAGUCAAUGGCGCCAACUCGUGAAGAAUAUGGAGGCGUGGAACCGCAUCGUUAUGAACUUGGAGCUCAGCACACUGAAAUUGGCGUAG